ACUGGCAGGACAGCUCCGGCCUUCUUCAAUAGCUAUUCUAUGUAUCUGUAUAUAAAUGGAGCGAAGGCUCGCCGCGUUACAGUCGAAAACUGUCGCGGGCGCGCGCUGACGGCGGCUGGCUGUUGUCGCGAGAAUAUACAAACAUGGGCCACGUGUGUAUGUUUGUUAGCUUGCUCUGUGUCGCCGUCGCCAGCGGCAUAAGGCCCCUGGCGGACUCAGUGGACUCCUUCCAAAACCUGCGCGCGACAGACGACGAUAUCAACGACACUGAACUGAAGCGCGUUUUUGUGAUAUUCCGGCAUGGCGAUCGGACACCGGACGAAGAAGAGCUAGCAUUCACCCCGACAAUUGAUUACACCAACAUUUUCUUCCCAUACGGGCCGAAAGCUUUGACUAAUAAAGGUAAGGAGCGUGCGUACUACGUUGGCCUGUACCUGAGGACUCGAUACAACGGGUUGCUCUCCUCCUUGUAUUUGCCAGAAGAGAUCACAGUUCGGACUACAGACUACGCCCGUACCAAGAUGACAGCUCUCGCCGCCCUUGCAGGCUUGUACCCGCCACAGCAAGUCCAAAAAUGGCACCCUCAUUUGGCAUGGCAGCCUAUACCAUACAACACCCUGCCCUUUGACGAAGACGAUCUACUUUACUAUUACAACUGUCCUCGGUAUUUAUGGGUGAGGGACCAGGUCUACGACUUGCCAGAAAUGCAAGAGAAGAUAAAACCUUACACUGAAUUAAUGCAUUAUUUGAGCGAACAUUCAAAAUCUCGUAUCAAAACGACAGAAGAUGUCUUCUUUAUGGACAAUCUUUUUAAAGCUUUGGACAACGUGGGGAUGAAAAUUCCUCGGUGGGCCGCGGAAGUGAUGCCGAGAAUAAAAGAAGUAACGAAAAUAGAAUACGCAGCCGAGUUCUAUAAUUCUGAAGCUAUACGGCUGGCAUCAGGUGUACUAAUGGGCGAGAUACAGAAGGCAAUGGCUAGCGUUGUGUCUGGGAGUAAUGAGGGGCCCAAGAUGCGGGUGUAUUCCGCCCACGAGAACAACGUGGCAGGCCUAAUGGCGGCAUCCAGGGUGUUCGUCCCCCACCAGCCGCCGUACGGGGCCACCUUUUCCUUGGAACUGCGGAGGAAGCCGAACGGGGAGUUCGUUGUAGCGGCUGUGUAUACGCAAAAUGUGGGACCAACGGCAACGGUUCAGAUUCUGCCGAUAGACGGGUGUGGAGGCAAGGUGCUCUGCGACUUUGACACUUUCAUGGCCCUCGUUAGUGAAUACGCUUGGACCAAACACGACUACAAACUAAUGUGCCCUAAAAAAUUCUAGUGAAAAUUACUAAAUAGACUAGGUUUUUAGAUUGAAUUAAAUGUGCGAAAUUAAUAUAAUAAGAGACUGUGACGAAGCAAAGUACAAAAAAGCUCGAUAUCAUUAUGAAUUUAAUAUAAGUUAAUAUACAGUCAUAUUUAUGGUUGACAUUGAUAAUGAGUGAGAUGAAUAAAGGCUGUGAUUUUUA